AUGCUCUCCGAUGAUGGGUUUUCCCGGGCCCCGUCAUCGUUUUAUCUCUCUGCGUUCAGAGCCGAACUAGAGAGGAUCAGAGCUGAGAUACCCACUGAACUGCAGAAUAACAAACCUAUUUUCUUUCAUCUAUACCAUACCGAGGUCAGCAUUUAUGAACCCGCUCUCCUAAAGGCGACCACCGGUGAAGACGACCUGAAGCGCUUGGAUUACCUCUAUGCUUGUUUACGCGCGGUCAAAUGCUUCUUUGACCUGGUCCUGUCCAUCCCGUCCGCCCACUUUGCCUCGUUCCCGUUAACCCACAUCAUUCAAAUCGCACAUUGCUUUGUCACCCUGUUUCGUCUAUCCACUCUCGACCUUCCAGGAUGGGAUAGGGCCAUCGUGCGCCGCACAGCAGAUAUAUUGGACCUCGCACAUCAGGUCGCCGAGAAAUGGCACGAAGUCGCCGAGAUAGUGGGAAAUAAGAAUAAAUCUCUCCACCGACAUGCAUACUCUGGUCUAGGUGCUAUGAUGUAUAAGUUGAAAGAUGGAUGGGCAGCUAAGCUGGAUCCGUCUCAAAGCAGCGCCCCCAAUCAAAACAACAUGAAUGCAGGCGAGGGCCAGUUGGAUAUGGACGCUUUGUUUGGCUCUCCCGAAAGUGCGUGGCUGUUGGAUGCGUUUUUCUCGGGUGGCAUAUUUUGA